AUGGCGGACCUAGAGCAACUCGAAACCCGUCGCCUCGAAUUGGAAGAGAACGUGGCAAAACUACGCAAAACUUUGCAGCAUUGGCGAACAUGGGAUCUGGAAUAUGAAGGCUUGAAGGAAGAGCUUUCGUCGGGUGUCAAUGUACAAUCUGAAGAGGAUUGUACACGCAUCAGUGAAAAGUUUGGAGGAGAGCUUGUAAAUGCAAAAGAAAUCUUUGAAUUAUUCGGAGUUGGAAAAGGACCAAUUCGCCAUCCGAUAGAGGUCACCAAGCUAAUCGACAGACGGCUCGACUAUGUCCAACAAAAUGUGUCAACGAUUUCCAAGCAAGUGGAAAAGAUAGAAGGACAACUUUCGGAGGUCCUGGAACAGAUGGACAAAGAGGACGAUGAAUCCCCAGAACUUGGGUUCCCCAUGACUGAGAUUAUCGAGGAACUGGACGAAGACGGCAACAUCAUCUCGAGCAAAGUCACACAACCGGAACAACAAACAGCGCAAAUCAUCGAAACUCUUCGCAAAGCUGGCUUGAAAGAAAUGGACUCGAAAUCAGGCAUUGAAGAGAAAACCAGGAAUUCUGCGCCCAAAGUUGAAGGAAAGGGACCCGCUCCCUCCGAGAUCAAAUCACAGGAUACGCCAAAAGCUGCAGCUGGAUCAUCGAAGGCGGCCAAGAAAGGAGUCAGUUUCGCAGAAGAAGUUCAGGAAAGAGAGAUUCCGUCUCGUGCUGAUAACGCCAAUGCCAGCAAAUCGUCUGGAGUCAACCCUGCCCUGUUCAAUGGCUCAUUCGCCAACGGCGAGCGUGUUAUCGAGCUGGACGAUGACGAUGAGAUUAUUGGAGCUCAGGCUGUCAUUCCCGAGGACGAGUCACCAGAAGAUGCACGCUUGCGAAGAGAAAUGCUUCAGUACAAUCUAAAUGAAGUCGGACAAGUGGUCGCUGAGCUAGAUUUGGACGAGAACUUGUCCGAGUUCGAGGACGACGAAGACUAUUUCGACGACGAAUAUGACAGCGAGAUAUCAGAGGAAGAAGAUGAGCAUGGAAGAUCGAUCCGUCCUGGCGUCACCAAGAGCUAUCGCGAUCAGAUGCAGGAGCUGGAAAAACAACUUCGCUCAAGAGUCAUUGGAAACCUUGGGCCCAACCUUGAAGAGGUCGAUCCUGUCUAUGACCCUGAAGGACUUCGCCGACUUGUGGUUCGCAGUGAGGAAGGCGCUUCGGGCGAAAACAUCAAGUCAGCAUCCUCAAAGGGCAAGGAACCAGCUAGGGCAGAUGCAUCUGCGAAGAAGGGAGUCAGGUUUUCUGAAGAGCUUGAUGUUCAAGAAGCGCCAAAGGCACCAGAAGCACCUAUCAUUUCCAAGCCACGCAGCGCACCCAUUGCCGAUGUUGUUGAGCGCGCACCUACUCAGGUCGCACCUCCCUCGCAACCGGCACAGCCUCCAGCCAAGGUCUCUCGCUUCAAACAAAACAGAGCCGCUGCGACCCCUGAGGCCUCUCAGCCCGAACCUUUCCAGGGCCAAGUCCCUGGGACCGUCAUCUCGGACAACAUCGUCGAACACUCAUCUGCAUCGUCGACAAAUGCACGUGCGCCCGAGGAAGCAGACGAGCUUGACCCCGAGCUGCAGCAGCGUCAACUGGCUUCUGAAUACUACCGUCUACGCAACAACAUCAUUCGUCAACAAGGCGGUUUCAAGGAAACCGAAGAAGAGAAGGAUGACCCAUUGAUGGAGCAGUUCCCCGAUGGCAAGCUGAAGAAGGUCAGCAGAUUCAAGGCUGCCAGGAUGAAGUUCUAG